AGGUUAAAUUUAAUUUUACGAAUAGAACUCACACAGAUUUGGUUCGACAUUUACAAAAUUCCGCAGAAAAAUUUUUUAAUAUAUCUGAUAAUGGUCUUUUUGAUUGGUUAGCUUCCGAUACUGUCACUUUUAGAACAAUUUAUAAAAAUACUGAUACGGCUGCUUCUCAACAAAUUCGUUUCAAUAGAAGUUUAUCUUCUGAUGACGUUACUAUUACUUCUUCUUCUUCCUCUUCUAUGACACAACAACCAAAUUUAGAUCUUUAUCCAAUUAUAGAUGAAGAAGAGAUUGAACGUGAGUUAAAUGAAUUAUCUAAAAAAAUUACUUCUAAAUCAACUUUAAAAAAUUAUGAAUUAGAAAGAUUAUUUCAUAAUACAUUUCGAAGAAAGGAUUUGACUAUUACUAUUAGUAAAUUAGCUAAUGAAUACUUUGGUCAAAUACGAGAUGUUGUCACUUUUGUUGGUAGUGAUAAACCUUAUUCUGUUAUUGAGGAUAAUUUUAUGGAUUCAAAUUUGAUCGUUCGUAAUUUUGCUAGAUAUUUAUUUAAACACGCUGAACUUUAUAUCAAAAAUUGCGAAGCCGGAAUUGUAACGGAACUUGUUAAAAAUUAUAAAUUCGGAAUUAUCUUAACAUUAUGGAAUUUAAAUAACGUCAUUCUUUCGAUUCAUAAAUCAUAUCAAGUAUUAAUAGAUUCUGAUGAAGGUUUUAAAAAAAUUUUUCAAUCACAAAAAUCAGAUUUUACGAAUUAUUUAUCAAUCUUGGAUAAAAUUCUUAUGGAUUUAUUGAUCAUUUUAUGUGAUGUGAUUGAUGAGGAAAAAUAUGAAAAACUUCAACGACGACUCGAACAAUUUGUUAAAGCUGCGGAAGAUUUAAUGACAGUUGUUAUGAUUAUUAAUAAUGAUUGUAAUAAAGAAUUAGAAAAAUUAGAAGAUAAAAAGCAAGAUUUAUCAUAUAAAGUAAUUACCGCUGCUAUUACAAUCGGAAUUACUGCGUUAGUUAUAGGUGGUGGAUAUUUGUAUAAUAAAAAUAAUAAACAGAGAUCGAGAUCCGAAAAUAAAGAUAACGAGAAAUAUGAGAAAUGGAUUGAAAAAGCAGCAUUAUGCGUGACAGGACUAACAGGAGUAACGACGACAGCAGUUAUGUAUAAUGCGUACUCGACUAGAUCAAAAUUACAAAAUUCUAUAGAAAAACAUAUAAGUAUUCUUGAAAAAUUACAAUCAACGUAUGAAGAUUUAAAAAAUUGGAAAAUCCUUGGUAAAAAAUAUAUUCUAAGGGAUAUCAAUGACAUGAAUAAUAAUAGGAUGACCUUGAUCGAUGAAUUUAAUAGAAUUAGAAAUCUAUGUAAAGGCCUUGAUGAUAUUUUCAAUUCAUUAGAUGAUAAAAAAUGAGGAAGCUGGUAAAGUUGAAAUUAGUGCUCCGAAUGAUACGAGUCGACCCGGGUUAAUUUGACCCGACUCGACUUUUAAAUCGGGUCGGUACUAACGAUUUUUAAUGACCCGUGACCCGCAUGACCCGCAUGACCCGACCCGCCGGGUCGGGUUAUAAAUUUCCUUGACUCGGGUUUGACCCGGGUUUGACCCGGAUCGACCCGGAUGGUUUUAAUUCUGGCAAAAUUAUAAUUUUGGCCAAAAUUAAGCCAAGAAUUAGUUUUAACAAAUAUUAACAUAGCUUAAUCAGAAAAAUAAAAAAAUUAACCUUUGGCUUUUGAGAAUAAUAUUUUUCUGAUAGCUUUAGAAUUCCAAUUUAUCUUUGA